AUGAGAUCCGUAACCCUCCCCGUCCCAAACCCAACACAAUCUUAUUGGCAGACCCCGCCCGACCCUGAGCUUGCCGACUGCCGUACCACGCCCGACCUGCCGGCCGAAGCCGACACCGUUAUCAUCGGAAGCGGCAUCACUGGCGCCGCGGUCGCGUGGUAUUUGCUGCAGGACACAGCUCCGGUGCCGGUGUCGGAUGGGACUGCGCCCGGCACUGAACACUUGGCAACAGGGCCUAAGAUUGUGAUGCUUGAGGCGAGACAGGCUUGUUCUGGCGCCACAGGUCGCAAUGGAGGCCACACCAAAGCCCCCUCCUACCUAACUUUCCCCCACCACGCGCAGACCACCAUCUCCGAGGCCAUCAAAAUCGCCCUCCUAGAACACACCAACAUUCAAUCCGUCCACGCCUUUGCGGCCGAAUACAAUAUUCCCUGCGAAGCUGCGCAGAUACCUACCGUCGAUGUGCACUACACUUCCCCUGAGACAUGGGCCCAAACCGUGAAGGACAUCCAGUCGCUGAAGACUGCACUUCCACCAGAGCAUCCAGCCGCAAAGUACGAGAUCUUGGGCCGGGAGGAUGUGAUGAGGGAAUACUUGGUUGUUGAUCAGGCAGUUUGGGGGGAUAGGGUGCAGGGCGGGGUAAGGUAUCCUGCGGGCAGGAUCAACGCAUACAGGUUUACACUUGGUGUUCUUCGGGAGUGUCUCAAGCGUGGCCUCAACCUGCAAACAAACUCUCCCGUUAUAAAGCUUGAAAAACUGUCAGUCCCAUCUCCAAACUGUGCCAGUUCUUCAACGGGAUGGGCAAUCCACACCCCCCGCGGCGUGAUCCUCACCCGCCGCGUGGUUCUAGCCACUAACGGCUACACAGCAGCCAUUUCCGGGCCACCACAGUCCCUCUUUCAAGGAAGAGUGGUUCCCGUCAGAGGGCAAAUCACUGCCCAACGACCGGGCUCAAAACUUCCGUUUCGUGGGUGCUUGCCGACGACGUACAGCUUUAUCUAUGGCCCGUCCGGCUUCGAGUAUAUGAUCACCCGACCGUGUUCAGUCCCUGAGCAUGAGUCUGGCUUUGACAAACCUGAAUCUGCAUCCUGCGCCGGAGAGGGAGAGAUAAUCAUCGGCGGCGGCCUGAUCCGUGGUUCUGCAGAUGGAAUGACGGGGGCUUCGGAGAUUGAUACAACGGAUGAUGGUGUUCUUUCCCCGGGGAUAACCACCUACCUUUAUGAUACCCCAGCGCGAUACUUCGGUCCCGAUCACUGGGGGCAAGAUCAUUGUCUGGGACGGGUCAAGGCAGAGUGGACGGGAAUAAUGGGGUUCACUGCGGAUGGGUUCCCGUAUGUGGGCGAGGUCCCUGACUACCAAGGAUUGUGGGCUUACGAAAGAGAGGCUGGUGAGAGAGUUUAA